AUGACCCUUGGUCGGGAAAACCUAUCCAGUCACCAACCACAGCAUGAAGAACGCGAUGGCCCCAUUAAUCUUGGCCUUUUAAAUGGGGCCGACUCACAGUCCUUGGAAAAACGCCUCAUAAUUGCAAUCGACUUUGGAACAACCUACUCUUCCGUUUCCUAUGUCGAAAUACCGGAAGACUGCCCUUCUGAUUCCGUUGACUCAAGGUCUAUUUGUUCGAUUGCAAGAUACCCUGAGUCUACCGAUUUUAAUUCUGAUGAUCGAAUGCUCAGGGAAGUCCCUAGCGAAGUCAUAUAUCCCUUGGAUCGUCACUUUCGCGAUCGGCAUGCCCUUAUUCGUUCCCAGGAAGGUCUUGGAAACGAACCUGGCGAUGAAGAUCAGGAAGAGAGCAUUCCAGAUGUGACCAAUAAUGGGCUUCGAGAUGUGGAGCCCCUUGAUGACGAUGGAGACACCACAAUGGAUAUGGACGUUUCUGGCCAGUUUCACUGGGGCUAUGGGGUUCACGAGCUUCGGGCUAUCCCAGCCAUGCACUCCGAUCCCACCAACCUACCGCUGUCUAGAUUCAAGCUCUUGCUUGACGAUAGCCCAAUGACUGCAAAAGUCAGACAGGGACUCAAUAUACCUCUUGAUAAGCUCAAAAGUAGAAAAGUGGUCGACGGUCCUCUCCAUGUCAUCGCUGACUAUCUGACCUACCUUCUGGACCAUACCCGAUCUGAGCUACGUAGCCUGGGCUACCAAGACAGCUGCCCCAAAGAAAUGGUUCUGUGCGUUCCUGCUAUAUGGAGCCAGCAGGCUUGCAGGGAUAUGCAGAAGUGUCUCGCGGUGGCUAUGAAGGGGGCUAACUUCCGAGGCGCUGAUGUCCAGAACAACAGUAUCGAGAACUUGUUCAUAGUAUCCGAGCCAGAGGCAGCAGCAGCAUACAUGUUGGACAAUUCGCCUGAGAUUAGGCUAACUGGUUACAGGAGGAGGUACAGUCGACGCAAAUACCUAUCGAGCGGCCUUCAUGGAUCAAGUUACCUCAACGAAGACUUCAAGGAAUACCUUUCGGAACUCCUUUCUGAAGAGAAAUACCUGGAAAGGGGUGCUCAAACCAUUGACGGUAUCAUUGAGCAAAUAAUGAUUCAACAGUUCGAGCCCAGAAUUAAGCGCAAUUUUAAUGUCUUCCAACGUUCUACUACCAAGCGUUUCGCUGUAGAUGGGGGACUCCGAGAUAAUCCUGACAAAGGCUUUCAAAGGGGUUAUAUCCAGAUGUCGACGAUAUUCAUGAAACAUCUGGAGGCCAUUUUUGAAAUUGUGAGAAGCCAACUGGAUGCAGCUUUGUCUAGCGGCUGUAAAGUAGAGAAAGUUGUUCUCAUUGGAGGUUUUGGAGCCUCAAUCUCCCUUCGAGAUUACCUCGAAAAACGUCUCGCAGAAUACUCGCAGCAGAACAACUGUCACGUCAAGUUACUGCGUCCUAGGGAUAGAAUCCAACUCGUUAAUGCUGUAUCAGCAGGGGCCGUACUCCGGGCCAUGAACAAGAAUAAUGGACCAGAAAGGAUUGCUCGUUCCAGCUAUGGCAUUCUACGAGCGGAACCGUUCGGAGAACACCCAGAGCAUGAAGGAAUGAAACCAUCUUAUGAUAAACAUGACGGCCUGCCUUAUAUUAAGAAAACAAUAGAUUGGGUUCUGAAAUUGGGCCUGCCUGUUCCUUCGGUCUGGAACUGUGAACCAUUUACCUGCAGUCACACUUUUGACGUUUGGCCAAUACGGCCCCUGAUUUGCAGAGAGAUCUUACUUUCUCAUCAUAACAACACGGGCGCACAAAAGGUCGGGGAGAUCGUGGUAGACUUCUCUGACCUGCGAGAAAAGGGCCUCAAGCCCGUGGAGCCGGUUAUUUAUGAAGAUGGUCGAACAGUUGGAAAAAAGCACUACAGGGUCAACUUCACCAUGGUGAUACAAGUGGUAGACCGUGACUUAAGAUUCAAGAAGAAGUGUCGCAUCAAUAUUUCAUCUGGUUUCAGGCCCGGUGUUAGGUAG